AUGGGUUUCAACAAAAGCCUUCUCCUCGCCAUAGUGUCCCUCUCUUCCCUUUUCCUAUCAACCCAUGCCAACAUAGGCGCUCUUUCACCCUCUCAAUCUCAAAUCCCCACCAUAGACACCAACAUCUUGAACUUAGCAUCCAACCUAAUCAGACGCACCUUCAAAGCCAGCCCCGAGAUCCUAGAAUUCUGUAAAGGCACAGAGAACCCUACCCUCUGCUCCGAAACCAUUGCCCCACACAUCCAAGGCCCCUUCGACCCCAUCAAGGCCCUUGAAGUCGAAAUGAAGGCCACACUCAACCAAUCCCUGAAGGUCACUGAAUUCAUCUCCGACGCACUCGCAAACCCUAACACCGACAAAAGGGCACGUGGCGCUCUCAGCAUAUGCAAAUCUCAGUACAAGAGCAUUAAGGGAACUAUCAAAGAAGCCCUGGAAUUGUUGGAGCAACAGAACGUGGUUGACGCUUAUUACAAGUUCAGCUCCGUUUUAUCUGACCAAUCAACUUGCGAAGACGCGUUUGCAGAAUCUCCCGGAGUUACCAUUCCCUUCGCUGAGGACUCUAUCGGCGUCUUAGAUCUUGGUGGCAAUUGCUUGGCCAUCAUGGAUGGGAUGGUUACUAGUCGAGUCCAUUCUUUAUUGGUUUGA